GUAAUCUUCAGAUCGGAUCGAUUCGUUGGUCAAGAGGAGACUGUGCGUAGUGUGAUUCGUGAGGAUGGGCUGUUCGUUUUCUGGAUUGAACGCGCUUUACGACGCCGUCAACGGUGGAGGUGACGUCUGGAUCAAUGAGAAUCGGUUCAGGAUCGUCAGGCAGCUCGGCGAAGGAGGUUUCGCAUUCGUCUUUUUGGUCAAGGAAAUUGUCGCCGACGCUUCCUCCGCCGCAUCCGGUGGUGGUCUAGCUAAGAAAGUCAAGGAUCCGGCUCAUCUCUCCGCUGAUGGAACUUAUGCUAUGAAGAAAGUUUUGAUUCAGAACAAGGAGCAACUGGAAUUGGUGCGGGAGGAAAUCCGUGUUUCAUCAUUGUUCAAUCACCCUAAUUUGCUUCCACUCCUUGAUCAUGCCAUUAUUUCUGUUAAGGACGGCCAAGAGGGAGCUUGGAAACACGAGGCCUUCUUGCUAUUUCCUGUUCACUUGGAUGGGACCUUGCUGGAUAAUUUCACAUUGAUGAAGGCUAAAAAGGAAACAUUCUCAACAACUGAUGUUUUGCACAUAUUCCGUCAGCUUUGUGAUGGACUCAAACACAUGCACUCUCUGGAGCCACCUUAUGCUCACAACGAUGUCAAACCUGGAAACGUGCUUUUAACACGUAGAAAAGGACAGCCUCCUCUUGCGAUAUUGAUGGACUUUGGAAGUGCUCGCCCAUCACGGAAGCAAAUCCGUUCCCGUCAAGAGGCCUUACAGUUACAGGAAUGGACAUCUGAGCAUUGUUCAGCACCGUUUCGAGCUCCCGAGCUCUGGGAUUGCCCAAGCCAUGCAGAUAUUGAUGAGAGAACAGAUAUCUGGUCACUAGGCUGCACAUUAUAUGCAAUAAUGUACGGUGUGUCUCCAUUCGAGUAUGCUCUUGGAGAAUCUGGUGGAAGUCUUCAGCUCGCAAUUGUGAACGCUCAGAUCAAGUGGCCAAACACUGGACCAAAGGCUUCUUAUCCUGAAGCUCUUCACCAGUUCGUAACUUGGAUGCUGCAACCACAGGCUGCGGUUCGACCGCGCAUAGACGAUAUCAUCAUCCAUGUCGACAAGUUGAUCGCUAAAUUCACCAAAUGAUUUCCUAAUUAUGGUGGUUUUCAAAAAAAGGUGAAAGGAGGAAAAGAAAAAGACUCUUUAUACAUUGCUUUGUCUCUUUUUUUUAUGUGCUUAGCUGUUUUUCAAAAAUCCCAUAUUAGAUACAUAUUUAAUAGUAUUACAUUGCUCUUCGUAAUGUAUUUUGCACUAUUUAGGAUUCGGGGUUUUCUUUUUGACUAUGGGAAGUUGUGAACGAAUAAAUUUACUUAAAAGGG